AUGCUCUUUGUGUCCGUCCUCGGUGUGCUGGGAGGAAUUUACAUUUGGCGCCCUUUAGUGAUCGAACGCCUGAAGAAAGAAGAGGAGGAAAGAAGAAUGCGAGUUGCUGUCAGCGAUGACGCUAUGUUGAAGCGUUUGCGAGCCGGGUUCCCGUGGAAAAAAUACACGCAGGUUGUUUGCGGGAUUGGAGCUGUAUGGCUCGCAUGGACCUAUUACAAGGUCAGCAGGAAGGAACGAAUGCGGGGUGAAGCCAUGCUUGUCUAUGACUUGGAAAUGAAGCGGAAUAACGCAAAUCCCGAUGAGGGAUUCGUGAAGGAAUGCUGAAAUCAUUUCCGGUCUUCGUUCAGAUAUUAGGGAUGUUUAGAGAGAAAUUCAACCAUGCUUGCGAGUGCAAUGGACACGUCUGACUUUUGAAACGCU